GCCACGUACACCAAUACGCAUUCAUAAUAAACUGUGUAUAUAACGGUGCUGAAAAUUGAAAUAUUGACUUCGGUCGGUCUCGCUUUUCAUGGAAUUUUCGAGUUUGUACCGUACCAAGUUUCAGCUGUAUCUUUGAUGGGAUACGUUGCCAAUCUCUUAUCAAAACUUCAAUAAGAGUGUGCUCUUCAAGCCAAAGAAGCCAUCGUUUUAUUCGUUCUUUUUGCACUGACAGGCGACAGCACGCUUGUGCGCUGUUCACAAAUUGGGUGAGCACUAUGAGCUCGCGGGGCGCGAUGGAAAAGGACCAGGAGCCGCUGGUGGCUGACGAUAAACCCUCCGCUGAGGAAGGCAGCAGGGCACCUACACUGCUGUUCCAGUAUGCCAAAAUCGCGGCCGUCGUCGCCACCUACUGGGUGGUUUCGAUCACCAUGGUGUUCGCCAACAAGGCGCUGCUCAGCGGCCAGGGGGUCAGCGCGCCGUUCUUCGUCACCGGAUACCAGUGCCUGGUGACGUCAGCCAUGUGUUUCGCCUUUAGUUCAUUGGGGCCAUACGUGCCUGGUGUCAACCUGCCACCGCCCACCGUCAAACCCAAACUGAUGCUGCAGGUGCUGCCGCUGUCUGUCGUUUUUAUCUGCAUGAUCAUGUUCAACAAUCUAUGUCUGAAGAACGUGGACGUUUCGUUCUACUACAUAGGUCGUUCGCUCACCACUGUGUUCAACGUCAUCUGUACAUACCUCAUCCUAGGUCAGAAGACGUCGUUCCAGAGUAUAGCCUGCUGCGGCGUCAUCAUCUUUGGAUUCCUGCUUGGUGUCGAUCAGGAAGGCGUCGUAGGUUCGCUGUCAAUCGCUGGCGUCGCUUAUGGAGUGCUGGCGUCCCUGUUCGUCUCGCUGUUCGCCAUCUACACCAAAAAGGUUCUACCGGUGGUGGACGGCAGCGUGUGGCUUCUCACCUACUACAACAACAUCAACGCCUGCCUGCUGUUCACGCCGCUGGUACUGAUCACCGGAGAGUGGUCCCAGCUGAUGGCCUUCCAGGGGCUGGCCGACCCGAAAUUCUGGACUCUGAUGACAGUCGCCGGUGUGUUCGGGUUCUCCAUUGGAUACGUCACCGGACUGCAGAUUCAGGUGACCUCACCUCUGACGCACAACAUCUCCGGCACGGCCAAGGCGUGUGUUCAGACGGUGCUCGGCUCGUGGUGGUUCUCCGAGUACCGCACCGUUCUCUGGUGGACCUCCAACUUCAUCGUGCUCGGCGGUAGUGCCGCCUACACCCGCGUCAAGCAAAUCGAAAUGGAGGCCAAGCACAGGGCGUCACUCUCCGUUUAGGAGGUAGCUGUCUCAUCGCUGGCGGGUGCUGCGGGGUAGUUUUGUACAUCUAGACUUUUUGAUGACCAGGGUAUCCGGACCGUUGAGAUCUUACUUGUAGAGAUGCCUAUUUAAUGUAUAAAAACGUUUUGUGGCGCGGCGUUUCAUUCGAAGUCUUCGGGUCUUUUCAGAGAGCUUUGUGCUUGUGAUCAAUUUCAACAGCAUACUUCUUAGAAGAAAAGCGAGGAAAAUGAGAUAUCUCUUGGCAAUUUUCAUUACUGACGAAAAAUAUCCUAGCACCCGCGCACUAUUUGGUUAUUAAUAUUUAAAAAAUGUAAAUUAGAUGUAAAAAAUGUAUUGAGGCCGAGAACAAACAACUAUAAUAGACACGAUAUUUUUACAUGCCCCUGACUUGAAACCGUCUAAACAAAUGCCACUAAUUGAAGCCUUUUUGCGUCUUUAUAUAUAAGAUCUCAGUGAGCUGGACUUGUUCGGUUUGACGUGCCUUCUUUUCGAACGUUUGGUAAACUAUUUAGGUAAAUUGCGGUCGGUAAUAUCAGCAUGUGAUAGAUCAGGGAAAGCUCAGUAAUUGAGCACCGAUACCAUUCCAAAAAUUGCCGAUUUAUAUUGGCAUGGCGACACAGCACAGGAUGAGGCUGUCCAUUUUUCACAACGUUUCGGAUUUGGGUCUUUAAUUUCCCAUUCACUGCGUUAUAAAGAUUCUGAGUGUCUUUAGGACUGUGUGGUGGGUGGCCAGGUGGUCCGGGGGCUGCGUACCGUAUUUACUGGCGGGUUGUGGGGUUCGGUCAGCAUCUCAGUCUGGCCAGUGUGGGUAGCGCGGCGCUGGGUCGUCGUCUAGAUCAAAUGUGUCGCCGAGAGAGCGUCUGGUGGCACUGGCUGUGUCAUCGAGCCAGUAAAGAUGCAAAAUGACGCAGCUUCUGGUGUUCCCCACUCUACAUGUGGAGAGCCACGUCACUUUGCGUCCAGUAUCUAUUCUUUAUCUGGUACUAACGAGAAUGGUUCGAGUCAAUGCGUAUAUACUCGUGUAACCAAGAAAAUGUGUUAUGAUUUUUUGGAUUUUGGAUUUUCCUUGGAAAUGAUAAUUUAGGUAUGGGGCCACUCAUCGGAAUACAGAUCACGUAAAUACGCAUUACAAAUGGAUUUUCUAUUGCGUCUAGCAUUGCCAUCAGUAAUGCCCAUUUCUGUUGACUUGUUAGCUCCGGUGUGUGAACCGUUCUUAUUGUAGACAAAGACUUACAGUUUCUACUCGUGUGCUUUUUGCGUUUAAAAUUAUAUUUCCCUUGGCUACGUCGUUUCAGCUGUUUUGUCCUUUCUAGCCUUGUUUAAGUUUGUUCGGGACUAUGGCUUUGGGUAUGAGAGGAUGGGUCGGUCAAAAGCUCAAAACUGUUCAGCACGUCAGCGUGCCACCAGUUCCUUUGUUUUGCUUUCAGCUCGUUUUGGUUCAUUGUUAUCGAUUGUUAUUGUCACAGUGGGUGGCAGUGUGAAUUGGUGUUGGUGAUUGUUCGAGGCCAGCUUUUGUAAUGAGAGGCUUCGUAUUGCGAAUUAUAGAGGUCCCUUUUUAGUGCCUGUUUUAUCGUAUAACUUAAUUGAAUGUAAAUUAAUGUUGUUUUGUCGACAAUACAUAUCGUCAUAUUUAUUAUUCACCCUCAUAACGAGUAGCUGUAAGUAAACUUGUUUUAGGAUGAUUGACAGAGUGGUUUAAAUAAAGUGGUCGAUAACUCA